CCUCGCACACAUAGGGCAGCGAAGACCGCGUGGCACGAGAGACGCAAGAGCGGGGGUGGACACGCCCCAGGGAGAGUUGCUAUUAUAUGCAGCUCUGCUGUAGCGCGUUCUGACUGAUACCACACCAUGAACAAUAACCAGAGACCACGGCUUAAGAGAAGUGCCUCUGAGCGGGGCACACUCCAGAGAUCAAGUUCGCUGUUUGGGCUGCUUGGGCGUGUCCCAUGGCCAACCAACGAGGACGACCACUACUCUUCCAGCGGAGAAGAUGAGCAAUACCCGGUUGCUCCGCCCUCGCCCGUGGUGUCACAGGAGGAGGCAAAGAGGGCGCGCAAGCAGAAGCUGCAGCGGCUGUUCAAACAGGGCGUGAGCAGAGUGGUGAGGAAAAGGGCGGAGGAGAUGGACCUCAUGGCGAAGAAGGGCUCCCUUUACGUCAUGGACGCCUUCGCGGGAAGGCUGCAGCAUGGGAUGGCCGCGAUGUCCACGAAGCCGUGGUACAUCUUCAUGGCCUUCCGGCUACAGAUCAGCGCGUACUGGAUGUGGACGAUCAUCGCGAGCAGCGUAGCGCACUCGCUCCUGGUUUUCCUCGAGCCCCGACCGGGAAGGCCUCCAGACGACGGGGUGCUGGGGCCCGGGACCCUGCUGGGCCUCGAGGCGGCCUUCAUCACUGUCUACGCGCUGGACGUGGCCCUCAAGGCCAGCUACAUGGGGCUCAAGAGCUACUUCAAGAAGCCAUGGCAGAAGCUCAUGGUCGUGAUCGUGCUCCUGCUGGCGGUGGACGCCUCGGGGGUGGUCGGAGUACGCUUCGCCCGCGCGUUGCGGCCGGCGAUUUUGUCGGUGCGGACACGACACAUCCGACGCUUCUACGCGGUGGUGAGCCAGAUGCUGCCCGGGUUCCUUAGGGUGUGUCUGCCGAUUGUGUUUUUCUUGCUGUUGAGCGCCAGCUACGCGGCGCUGUCGUUCGGGAGGGCAAAGAGCGAAUUUGAGGACCCCAGCACGGCGGGUUACGCGAUUUGGAUCUUGAUGGUCUGCGCAGACAACUACGAGGCCCUGGUGCACGACCGUUCCACCCACCCUGCCUACGUGCCCUUCAUUGUCAUGGUGAUUGUCGUCGGGUCGAUGUUCCUGCUGUCACUGCUCCUCGGGGUCACGUACGACGUGUUCAUCGAGCACACCACGGAGCAGGCGCGUAGCACCGUCAAUCAAGAGCGGAUGAAGGAGCUCAAGGGGCUCAACGUUGCCUUUGCCACCAUGGACCCAAUGGGCACCGGCAAGAUGAGCAUGGUUGUGUGGGAAAGGUUCUUGCUACACCUCAUGCCGCGAACAACGCAGCAGGAACGAGCCCUCUACUUCGAGAUAGCCUCGAACUUCGCAGAUAACCUGGACGUGCUGGGGUUCAUGGACUUGCGACAGGCGAGCUGGUUUGCGGUGUUGAGCUACUCCUUCGUGAACGUGAACGCGGUGGAGAGACAGGGCAAGCGCAAGAAGUGGGAGAAGAUGCCCCCGCGGGUGGCCAGGCUGCUGGAGAAGAUGGAGGCGGUGCUGGCCACGCGGUGGUGGAAACACACGGUCGCCGCGGUCGUGCUCCUUGUGAAACCUAGCGGUCUGUUGAUCUCCUUCUUUUCUUCGGUUGAUAACGUGCUACGCUGGAAACGCUUCCGAAACUUCAAUAGCGGCGCAACAAUACCCAAGAUGACGCGCAACUUUUUUGUCCAACGCGAACCAUCACUUGACCUGGCGGACGGCCUGUUUUUUGUCUUUCUUUCGUCCCUGUACAUGCCGCCAGACUGCUUCAUCUUGCCCCACAGCAUUCCCCACCAGGGGCCGGGGCUGAUGGUGACGCGGCUCACCUUGGCAUGCGGGGCGGUUUUGCUGUUGGAUCAGGCGUUUCAGCUGGCGGAGUGGAUGCACCAGGGGGCUGGCCCCGGCCCGCUCAAGCUCUCGGGGGGCAAGAGCCUGCACACGAAGGUGGCAGGAGUGGGCGUCAUCCUACACACGUUGGUGGUGGCCUUGCUCCACUGCCCGCCGCUUCUGUCCCUCGUCUGCUCCUUGGUCUCCUUCACCUGGGACACCUUUUCCUCCUACUCCGGAUCUCUACCGUCAGAAUUUUCUGGCGGCGGCGGCGGCCCGGAGUUCUCCGUAGCAGAAGCGGAAGGGCUGGGGGGCGCGAGCGGUGCUUGGGAGGGAGAGAUUUGCGGACUUGACGAAGGCGUCUUUGGGGGGGGGAGUGAGCUCGGGGUGUUUAAGGGGGGCGGCGGACGGGAAAGGAUGUGCAUGGAAGUGGACUGGUGUACGGACUCGCUGUUGAUGCUGGCCUACACCCUGCGGCUGGUGCGGUGUUGGCGACUGGUGACCCUGAACGACACCCUGCACGACCACGUGAAUACCUUCUUCUCCGUCGUCCCGGUGUUCGCCCAGACGCUCAGCUUCGCGCUCAUCAUCGCCUACGCUUUUGCUAUGGUGGCCAUGCAGGCCUUCGCGGACAAGGCGACCGCGUUCAGCGACGCCGGCAUGUCCCUCCGGACGACGCUGCAGCUCUUCGUGGGCGUGGACUUUAGCGCGGUGGUGGAGGAGACGGUGAACGAAGUGGGGCACAAGGCCCUCCUCUUCUUCGUCGCCUACCACGUCGUCGGGGUGUUGAUUGUAUUCAACCUCUUGACGGCCAUCAUGAUACAGCUCUACGGGGAAGCCCUGAACGAAAAGAGCAGGCAAGGCGUGGACGAGCAACGCAAGGCAGACCAGGACUUGCAGGACUCCCUAUACGAGUACAACCAGAAGCAGAGGGUGCUGCGGCUAUGGGGAAAGAGGGUCACUCAGGGCGCGGCGAGCCUGAACAUCACUCGGGAGACCAAGGUCAACAACGGGAGGGAGGCCCGCAGAAUGCUCGGUGCGGCGGGCACGAAGUCGCAGGUCCUGACAGUGGAGGAGCUGGAGGAGUGCCAGAAGUACGCCAAGGUCGACCUGCUCAGGACCCUGAGGGAGCGGUCGCGGGCGGAUAACAACCUGCGCAUGUUCGAGCGGUCCUUCUACAAGAAGAUCAAAUCCGCGACCGGCCCGGAAGCGUUCAACUUCGAGGCGAGUGAAUUUGCGGACGGAGAGAUAAUUUUCCACCGGGGGGACCAACACUCCACAUGCUACUUCGUCCACAAGGGGGUGGUGCGACUGGAAUGGGCAGACGGAACAAUCGAAACAAAGGAAACGGGGGAGAUGUUUGGCGAGGAGGCCCUGGUGGUAAACCUUGCAACGACGGCCACGGCAAUCGCGGAAGGCCCGGUGUCGUGCGUGGGCAUGGAUCGGGCCAAGUUCACGGAGGAACACGGAACGCUGGAAAACCUCGGGAUGGUGUUUCUACGCCUGCAGCGGUCGGGCUCCUUCUACACGGCGGACGCGCCCCCUUCCGAUGGCAGCCGGGAAGGCAGCCGCCGCUCCAACUUCAACCUCUCCGUCGGGGGCCGUAGCGCGAGGGUUCUGUCCGGGGUAGACGCCGCCGCCGCCGCCGCCGCCGGGAGCAACAGCAACCUCGGUGGUGGUGGUGGUUCGGGUCGCCUGGGGGUGGGCUCCGGGGCGAGCGAGCGAGCCAUCGGCAUGCGGGGGUCGUUGACCAGGGUGUCGACGGGCCAUAGCUCCAGGUCCGACGUCGCCGCCGCAAGCGGCGGCGGCAAGCGGUCGUUGUUAAAGUCGACCGGGAGCGCGAGGAGCGUGAGCAGCGCUCCCACCCCCGCCCAAUCGGACAACUCUGCGACAGCGGCGGGGCCCCGUAGAGGUGGCAGCCCCGCCCCCUCCCGCGGCGGCGGCGCCUCCAGUCCUCCUUGCGCAGAUGGCGGCGAAGGCGGCGAGGGUUCUGCCGUCGCCGUCCACCGCCGUAUGGCAAAGGGCGAGGGUAGUCCCUCGGGCGGUAGGGCGGCGCUGUUGCUCCGAGAGAGAGCGAGGAUGGGAGGCUUUGCCUCGGCGGGUGACGGCGGCGGCGGCGGCGGCGGCGGCGGCGAGGGGGGGGAUAGAGACGAGACGGGGGUCGUCUCUUCCUCCUCUUGUUCGUCCUUGCUCGGGGAGGGGCGAGAUAGUGGCCGUCUCGACCCGGCGGCACCACCGGCGGCGGCAGCAGCAGAGGCUACUGGUGGUGGAAGUCCGACCGCUUCACGCGAAGGCGAGGACGGCGGCCCCUGCUGUUCUUCCUCUCUGGUGUCUUGCAGCCCUGCUGCUGCCACCGCUGACAGCACCGUGGCGGCUUUCGAGGGCAUCGGCGAUGAUUGCACCAAAGAUGAGACGGGGGGAGAAGCAACCUCACCGGGGGUUAAGGGGGAGAGAGAACGACGAGGAGGCAGCAGCAGCAGCAAUGGUCUCGAAAACGAAAAGGAGGGGGCUUCCGCGUUUCGGUCCGUCUUCAAAGACGGCAUCCGCGAACUGGGAAUCAGCGACCGCACCGUCGGGGGGGGACGGUCGAGCAGCCGCCGGACCUUGUCGCAAGGAGAGUCGGAAGACGGAGAUUCUGCUGGCCGCGGUCGUCACGCCGGAGCAGGAGCUCCAAAGCCCGGUGAUGGCGGUCACCGUCCCGGCGGCGGCGGCGGUCGGGACGAAACGUCUCCCGUGCUCAGCCCCUCGGCCGCGCCCCGAAGUCGACAGCAGCACAUGCUGAAAGCGCGGUCGUCCUUCGAGGGCAACGGCAGCAGCACGCGGGACAUCUCCGCCGGGGCGUCCUUCAACUGGAGCACCAACUCCCUGUCGCCUACGACCGCUGAGAAUGACCAGGACGAUUGAUUGUUCCAGCUGCUGCUUGAGGCUGCCGCCGGCGUGUCCUGCACUCUUGGAUGGUGUGUGUUGCGUCUACGCUUGCCGACAUGCAGCUAUUGAUGAUGAUGAUGAUGAUGAUGUCGUCGGUCGGUCGGUCGCUUCGAGCCGGCGCGUGGUUGCUCUGGCACCGCUGCUGCGGCUUAAGCUAUGCUGCUCCCUCGUUUGUCUCCGCCAAGCCCGGGAGGGUUUGGACGAUUUUGCUCCGUCUCUGGGUGUGGCUGUGGCUACGUAUGCUGCUGCUAUCAUACGUUUCCGCCCGAAACGAGGUAGCAGCAGCAGCAUAGCAGUAUUUGUAUCACCCGAGUAGCUUUUAUUUUUUUCUCGGUUGGUGUCAAUUUUGGGGGACAUCGCGUUUUGUGCAUAUUUAUACUUUUGUUUUUACAUGCUGCGUGCAGGUACCGUACUCGGGUUUUUUGUGGUGAGUCGGCGCGUGUGCUACGUCCGAAUUCCUUUUUCCGAUUUGUUUUGCGGGUCCCUGGCGAGCUAUCUAUACGUGCAUAGGCAAUGCUGCACCUGUUUCGGUCUUGAAAAUGAACUGACACCACGAAAUGGGUUGUCGGUGGUAUUCUGUUAGUGCUCUUCUAGAUACUCCUUUUGUUCGUGGUUUGUUGUACUUCUCUUCCCCUCCUCCAAGCAGUAUUUAACGGGUACGUUCAGUACACUACCACACGUGCGGAGAUAUUUUUUCUCUUUUUCGCUUGCCGUAAAAAUGCCCUUUGGUGAGCUUUUUUGGGCAACAAACGGAGGCGAGUAGGGGUGGGCGAGGGGGUGCGGGGGGAGGCCAAAAUCGCGUCAAGAUUGAAGCCAGCUCCUCCAGGCAAAAAAUCUCACGACCAGAACAACAAUUUGUCUUGUGCGCACAUACGUACAAUAUGUGGAUUGAUUGAUUGAGUGUCCGCCGUAUGCACAAGAGCUCGAUUUCUCUCAAAAACGCUCUAUAGAAAAGGAUGGCUGGAGUUCUUACGCGAGCGCAUGCAUAACGUACCUGCGUAUGCGACCCACCGAGCUACCAUCUGCGUAGAGCCUCCGACGCAGGAAUUUUUUGAAGGGUUUGGUGAACGACCAUCACGGACGGCUCCCUGCUGGCUGGAUACAUGGGAAAUUGUGUGUGUGAGGCGCGUGGAUGGAUAAGGAAUGUGGGUGGGGACUGUUGUGUUUCGUGUUUGGGCGGGAGGGAAGGAGUGCUGCUGCGUGUUGAACGAUUUUUUUAUCCUGUGUCGACCGACCGCGCACUUUGCCAGCCAAAGAAAGUGGCGAUGAUAUGCUGUAUGUUCCCCGUUGCUGUUUCAUGUUACACAAUUUUUUUUCAUUUUUUUUUCUUCACUCUACGGUGGGCUUCUCUCGGCUGUGAGGGGAAAUAUAACGUGGUCGAUAGCAGCUAAAAAAGGAGACCAGCUGUUGAACGAUUCCUUGUUCGUGUGGGACCCUGUAUUCAAACUCGUCGACGUAGAAUGCGAAACCGUAGGAUUAGCUGAUAUAAAGAACCGUCCUUGUUGUGGGAGGAGCGAUGGGAACGAGUUAGAUUUUGGAAUAAUACAAGAGAACGAAAAGAGAAUGGAAAUGGUGUACGUGUAUUUCCUACCUACCGUAGGCUUGAACGUGGUUGAAUUGAUUGGUGACGUCGCAUCCCUGUGAUGUUUACAGGGAAUGGGUUCGAAUCUCGGCCCAGCCAUACACACGAACCUGUGCUUUUUUCUGACGAUACUGCUGUGUAUGCCCGAACAAAAAACUGGAAAGCGAUAUUUUCGUGUGUGCGAAACACAUCCAGUUUGUGGUCAACGAUGGACAAGUUCGACCGAAUAUUUUUCGCGGUAACAACGAAGACAAAAAAAGUCUCGCAAAGGGAUGUUGAGGGAAGAAAAGUCUCUGUGUGGCCUGCUUCCCUUGUGCCCCCAGUUGAUGUGUGCAGAAAACAUACGACAACUGCUAUACCACCGUAAAAAAUGUCCAGCAUGGCACAUACUUCUCGCGAUAAAAAUAUCUCAGGCAGGAACCGCAGGAGGGGGUCCAGCUCCCCCGUCCUAUGUGACCCCGGUUGGGUCGUCUAGCUAGUAGAAGUGGAGGGUGGGGGCCAGAAGGGCAAACGACACAGUCUAAUAAUGGGAGAAAAAACAAAAAUAAAAAUAAAAUACCAACAACACACAUGGAACGACAUACGCGCUAAACACAAGCAAAGAACAAAAAUUGUGAACACGUUUGUUUCGUUAAACUCGCACAGACAAUGGCGUAGUAGCAGCAGCAGCAGCAGCAGCAGCAGCAAUCGAAGACCGACGGCAAACAAACAAAAUGUUGACAUCGCAACUUCUUGAGCGUGGGAUUUGUGUGGGCGUCGCGCUGAGGGGGUCGAUCAUUUACGCCCUGACAAGAGCGACAAAACGUUCCACCCUCCCACCCUGCCUGCCUGAUGAUACAUCGAGACCCCAAAUGAAAGGGGGCAAUCAUGGCUUGGGUCGUAACAGAGUGUGAUGUGGCGCGAAGAGACCUGCUGCUGCUAGAAGCAUGCCAAUCGAAGGGCGUCCAUGUUCUUUCGUAGCGUACGGGAUACAUUCUGCGUCAUGCGCCACCAUACACAUCGUAAAAACUCUGUUUCGUGUGGACAAUUCGAUUCUGCCGCUGCUGCAGGCCGACUAGAAGUAAACCCCCCCAAAAAACACUAGCCUAUCGGCGUGGCGGCUACAAGUGCCAAGUUGGACUAGAACAACGGAAGCAUCCGCGGGGCAAGAUCAAACGCCCGACGAGCGAAAACAAACGAAAAAAGCGUUCUUGCAUUUUGUGUUUUUUUCUCCCAUCAUU